AAGUCCAAGUCGGGACCGGGAGUGCCGGGACCAGGGACGGCAGGAACUUCGUUUUGGCGUUCUGGCGUUCUCACCUGGCAUCACUGUCGCCAAGCAGUCGUGACGCGUAAAGAUGCCGGAAAACACUCUGCGGAUGGACGAUCGUCGUCGCGUGUGAUCGUGCGAACGUGUAAACCCGCGAGUGCGAGUGCGAGUGCCCAAGGAUUGUUGGAGCCACUUGGAAAGUUUAAUUGGUGAAUCGAAAAAUUUCACCUGUUGACAUAAAAUGAAGACAUCACUUGCCAUUCCCGUCGAGAAAAAUCUCCCGAGAUGUCGCGCAGACGUCGAACGCGUCGACUUCGGCAUCCGGUAUCCUUGAAGAGAAGAUGCACUUUGCCAAGAUGCACGGGUGAUACAGGACAGGCUCCGAUAAAAUGUUGAUCAAGGAGUAUCGCAUACCGCUACCUCUUACGGUAGAGGAAUAUCGAAUCGCUCAGCUGUACAUGAUAGCGAAAAAAUCGCGGGAGGAGAGCAAAGGUGCUGGCAGUGGAGUGGAGAUAAUCGAGAACGUGCCGUAUAGCAAUGGUCCAGGCGGUGACGGCCAAUACACGCACAAGAUCUAUCACGUGGGUAGUCAUCUGCCGGGCUGGUUCAAGAGCCUGCUACCCAAAUCGGCGCUCAUCGCCAAGGAAGAAGCAUGGAACGCCUAUCCAUAUACCAAGACUCGUUACACGUGUCCGUUCGUGGAGAAGUUCUCCGUCGAGAUAGAGACCUAUUACUUCCCCGACAAUGGUCAUCAGGAAAAUGUUUUCAAUCUUAGCGGCAGUGAUUACAGGAACAGAAUCGUAGAUGUGAUCGACAUCGUCAAGGAUCAGCCUUACGGGGCCGAUUAUGUGAAGGAAGAGGAUCCUAAAUUGUAUGUGUCAGAAAAGACAGGAAGAGGCCCCCUGGAGGACACAUGGCUGGAGGAUUAUUGGGCCGAUGUGGAAGGAAAGCAACAGCCAACGCCAUCGGGCAAGUCACUAAUGUGCGCGUACAAGCUAUGCCGAGUAGAGUUCCGUUAUUGGGGCAUGCAAACGAAAUUAGAAAAGUUCAUACACGACGUAGCUCUGCGGAAGACGAUGGUGCGGGCGCACAGACAGGCCUGGGCCUGGCAGGACGAGUGGAACGGUUUGACGAUGGAGGAUAUCAGGGAAAUCGAACGGCAGACGCAACUGGCGUUGCAGCGCAAGAUGGGGCUCGGCGAAUCCACGGAUGAUGAACUCGAGGAGAACGAGAAUCGGGAAACGAGGACGACGGCAAUGGCGACAACGACUAUGACGACGACGCCGACGACACCGGCGACUCCGAUGACGGUAAACGCCUCGAUGACGUCGCCGGAUUCAGAUGUCGCUAAGACAUUGGCGGCCACUUUGGGCAGUAUUGAAAAGGAAGAGGCGCAAAGUCCGUUGUCCAUCAGGAAACCAUCUGACAUUCCAAUCAUUAACACGGCAGCCAGUUCUGAAAACGAAAUCAGUCCCGAAGACUCGCCGUCGCCGGUCGAUCUCAACGAAAUCAAAACCACGACCAGCGAUGCGAAAAAGGAAUGGAGAAAGAACAACGUGCACUCGCCUAACUCCAACAAGAACUUUGACAUUCAGAUCGCGAACUGGAGAAUGGAAAGCAUCGUCAGGGAAUCCGAAUCUGGUAGCGACGACGAGUUCUUCGACUGUCAAGCUGGGUUCAUUAUACCUGUUAUACGCAAAGAGGACUUUGAAGAUAGCUCUUCAUUAGCUAAAUGGAGUUCUUUGGAUCUUCUAGCAGAAGGGGAGGACACAACUGUACGGACACCACCUACUGCAAGCGAGCAAGAAGACACAAUAUUUUCACCUUCAUAUCUGCAGCGCGUCGCCAGCGAGAGAAAUAGUAAGAGAUUGCAGAUUCGCACGUCGGCCAGUAUUGACGUGUCAUGUCCAACAUCUCCUCAGCAUUCUCCUACGCAUCAACCGUGCAAAAUUACCGUUCUAAUCAUUGUAGUGCAUGGUGGCAGUGUUUUAGACGCGAAUGCCGAUCUAACCGCGAAAAAGUCAGACAUAACAACAUUUCGUGGAGCUUUCGAAUCCGUGAUGAGGCAGCAUUAUCCUAGCAUGGUCGGACAUGUAUCCAUUAAAUUUGUCGCUUGCCCUUCCAUUUGUACCGAAGGUCUUGGAAUUUUAUCAAGUCUGAGUCCGUACAGCUUCGACGUGUCGCCUUCGUGCAUGGAUGCGCCGCAAGUUACACACGAUACCAUCCCGAUCGGCGCGAUUCCUUUGCUGGCGAGCUCGAGUUCCGACUAUCAGGACGCGGUGUCGCGCAUUGUGAUGGCUGCCAAUCAGGUAUAUCACGAUUUCAUCAAGAGCGAGGAGGGUAGAGGCUUCUCCGGGCAGAUCUGCUUCGUGGGUGAUUCGGUAGGCUCUAUUUUGACCUACGACGCUCUGACCAGAGCGACGCAGCACUCGAGGCACAGUAGUGAGAACAGCAUCCUGGAGAGUGGUAGCGGCCAGCAGAGUAAUGAUAAUGGCGGUAAUGUCGAAGAUGCCAAGCAUCUAUCCGCGCCAUCCCCUAGAAGAAGGUCUUCCGGUACGAGCGACAACCCUCACCAUAACAAAUUGGACUUCGAAAUAGGUGACUUCUUUACGUUUGGCAGUCCGCUCGCGCUAGUUCUCGCCUACAGGAAGACCGCGUCCGCUGAAAGGAACAGCUUCAUACCCAGGCCGUUGGUUAAUCAGGUGUACAAUCUGUUUCAUCCCACGGAUCCCGUGGCCGCGAGAUUGGAACCUUUAAUUUCGGCAAGAUUUUCGCUGAUCCCGCCAGUCAAUAUCGCUCGAUAUCAAAAAUAUCCGCUUGGCAACGGUCAGCCUUAUCACUUGCUGGAGACUAUCCAGACAAAUCCGCAGCUGUUUGCUGACGGCCUCAACAUUCCUAAUAUUCAAAUGCAUUUAAGAAGACUAUCCGAUAUAUCGCUUCAAAGUACAAUGUCAGGCAUUAUCGAUAAUGUUCCUUUACAAGCGGUGUCUGCUUUGACACAAAAAUGGUGGGGGACAAAGAGACUAGAUUACGCGCUCUAUUGUCCAGAGGGUCUUGCUAAUUUUCCUACAAAUGCCUUGCCGCAUCUCUUCCACGCCAGUUAUUGGGAAUCUUCGGAUGUAAUCGCGUUUAUUCUGAGGCAAUUGGGCAGAUUCGAUUUGUCACUGCUCGGUAACGAGGAAAAGGAUCUCACUAACUUCCGUCCAGGUCAACCCAGAGAGAAAUGGAAUAAAAAGCGUACCUCUGUUAAACUAAAGAAUGUUGCUGCCAAUCACAGAGCGAAUGAUGUCAUUGUAAGAGAAGGUGCACCACAAAUAUUAGUCGCUAGGUUUAUGUACAGUCCUAUUGAUAUGAUAACUUUAACAGGUGAAAAAGUGGAUAUUCACAUUAUGAAAGACCCACCGGCAGGUGAGUGGGCAUAUCUUUCCACCGAGAUAACUGACAAAAAUGGUAGGAUAAUUUAUAAAAUACCAGAGGACAAAAUGCUAGGCUAUGGACUCUAUCCAGUGAAGAUGGUUGUAAGGGGAGAUCACACAUCUGUAGAUUUUUUCCUUGCUGUAAUACCGCCGAAAACCGAAUGCGUAGUUUUCAGCAUAGACGGCUCUUUCGCCGCCAGCAGAUCGGUGAGCGGCAAAGAUCCGAAAGUCUGGGCCGGUGCCGUCGAUGUUGUAAGACAUUGGCAGGAACUAGGUUACCUUAUCAUUUACAUUACUGCGAGACCUGACAUGCAACAACAGACGGUGGUUUCUUGGCUAUCGCAGCAUAAUUUUCCUCACGGUCUCGUCUCGUUCGCCGACGGCCUGUCCAGAGAUCCGCUCGCCCACAAAGCCGCCUACUUGAAUAAGCUUGUAAAGGAGCACGGAAUGAUAAUUCAUCAGGCGUACGGCAGCGAGAAGGAUAUUAGCGUGUAUACGGCGAUAAACCUCAAACCGAGCCAGAUCUUCGUCAUCGGUAAAGCAUCCAAAAAACAUCAGGCCCUGGCGACAAUAUUGUACGAUGGUUAUGCCGCCCAUCUGAGCAUGCUGCAAGCGCAUGGGGGUUCACGUCCCGCUCAGGGCAACGCGCGUAUGGUGAUCCCUAGGGGUCAGUUCGGCUUGCCGGGACAAAAUACUUCCUUACGUCGACGGAGCUCUUUUAGGACAGCGAAGCGUGCGAUCUCACAGCCACCCUUGGGCAAAGCGCCCUUCCCGUUGGAACGAUCCACGAGCGUGGGUCCAGGAUCGAGCAGCAUUCACCGAUCGGCGGCGACUGAGAAGCUCUGACGAUUCGCGCGCUGCCGCUCGUUCUUCGAGUCCCGGCGGUAAUUCCCCGCGAAAGGGAAGGACACGAUUCUCGGUUCUGUAUCCUCCUUUAUUCCAUUCCUUUCUUCUCUCUUUCUUUCCAUUUCGUCCGGAUCCUUACUAUAAUAAUCUUAUUAUAGAUUUUUAUAUCCUCGCGUUGAUCCCGUCAAGAUUGUGAUCUUCACAAUCUUACACACAGAUUCUUUUUUAGUCUUCUCUGUUCUUUAUAGAUCUUUGAUGAGGCGUUACCGUCCUAUUUUUCGUGAUAUCUUUCUCAUAUCGUAAUCCUUGGUCUUUGAGAGUUUCAUAAAUAUAUGUAUAUAUAUUCUAUAUAUCACGAUAAGAAAAAAAAUAUUCUGUUUUUAUAUAUUAUAAACUUUUAUUCUUCUUGAUCUUAAACAUCUUUAGUUUAAUGCGAGUGCUAGCUCUUAACGUUUUUUGGUAUUUCAUCCAUUAUUUUUAGAGACCUUCAAAAAUUAGAUGUGGAAAAUUUCUCAAUUCGAUUUUGCAAAAAUCUCUUUGUUAUAAUAGAGUCCAUAAAUCCUGUAAUUAGAUUGUCUAGAUUUUUAAUUACGAGUUAAUUCUUGUAUAGCUCCUAUCGUAUGACUUUUAUUAUACGGGACUAGCAAAACUCUCGUAUUAUUCCAAUAAAUA